AUGGCGGUGACACCGAGGCAGCACGGGGGGACGACUGGUGGUGACGCCGCAGCAGAUUCCUGUGGGGCCGGGACGGGGCCCCGGGCCGGGGGGCCGCGGUGUGCGGGCCGGGCGGCUCCCCGGGGUUUGCCCCGCGGGGCCGGGGCCGUGAGCCCGCGGUGCCGCUCAGCCGGGGGGCGCUCGGGGCUGCUCGCUCCGGUGAAUGAACGGCUCCCCGCUCCGAUUAUCCGAGUGCAGUCGCCAGAGGGAGUGAAGAGAAUCACGGCCACGAAGAGAGAGACGGUGGGGACGUUCCUCAAAAAGGUGGCCAAGGAGUUUGGCUUCAGGAAUAAUGGCUUCUCCGUGUACACCAACCGCAACAGGACCGGCGAGAUCACGGCGGCGCAGAACAAAUCCCUCAACCUGCUCAAGAUCAAGCACGGGGAUAUGCUGUUCCUGUAUCCCUCCAGCCCAGCUGGCUCCUCCUCAGAGACCAUGGACACCUCUGUCUCCCAAAAUUCCCGGCCUGGGGGGGCCCCCCAGGUGGUGGAAGAUGAGAUUGACCAGUACCUGAUCAAGCAGGAUGGGAAGAUUUACCGGAACCGAGACCAGCAGCUGUGUCGCCACGGCCCCUUGGGCAAAUGUGUGCACUGUGUCCCACUGGAGCCCUUCGAUGAGGAUUAUUUGAACCAUCUGGAGCCUCCUGUGAAGCACAUGUCAUUCCAUGCCUACAUCAGGAAGCUGACCGGAGGGGCAGACAAAGGGAAGUUUGUAGCCCUGGAGAACAUCAGCUGUAAGAUCAAGUCUGGGUGUGAGGGGCACCCUCCCUGGCCCGAGGGGAUCUGCACCAAGUGCCAGCCCAGCGCCAUCACCCUCAACCGACAGAAAUACAGGCAUGUUGACAACAUCAUGUUUGAGAACCACACAAUUGCAGAUCGCUUCCUAGACUUCUGGAGGAAGACAGGGAACCAACAUCUGGGAUAUCUGUACGGCCGGUACACGGAGCACAAAGACAUCCCGCUGGGAAUCCGGGCGGAGGUGGCAGCCAUCUAUGAACCCCCCCAGAUUGGCACCCAGAACAGCCUGGAGAUCCUGGAGGAUCCCAAAGCCGAGGUUGUGGAUGAGAUUGCGGCAAAGCUCGGCCUGAGAAAGGUUGGCUGGAUAUUUACUGACCUGGUCUCGGAAGACACACGGAAAGGCACCGUUCGAUACAGCAGGAACAAGGACACGUAUUUCCUGAGUGCAGAGGAGUGCAUCACAGCUGGCAACUUCCAGAACCAGCAGCCCAACAUCUGUCGCCUCUCUCCCGAUGGGCACUUUGGAUCCAAGUUUGUCACAGUUGUGGCUACAGGUGGUCCUGACAACCAGGUGCACUUUGAGGGGUACCAGGUGUCCAACCAGUGCAUGGCCCUGGUGCGGGACGAGUGCCUGCUGCCGUGCCGGGACGCGCCCGAGCUGGGCUACGCCAAGGAGUCCAGCAGCGAGCAGUACGUGCCUGACGUCUUCUACAAGGACAUAGACAAGUUUGGGAAUGAGAUCACCCAGCUGGCUCGCCCGCUCCCGGUCGAGUACCUCAUCAUAGACAUUACUACAACUUUCCCCAAGGAUCCAGUCUACACUUUUUCUAUUUCUCAAAACCCAUUCCCCAUCGAGAACCGCGAUGUGCUGGGAGAAACUCAGGACUUCCACAGUUUGGCCACGUACCUGUCCCAAAAUACUUCCUCCAUUUUCCUAGACAUCAUUUCCGAUUUCCAUCUGCUCCUCUUCCUGGUCACAAACGAGGUCAUGCCUCUGCGGGACAGCAUCAGUUUGUUGCUGGAAGCCGUGAGGACUAAAAAUGAGGAGCUUGCACAGACCUGGAAAAAAUCCGAGCAGUGGGCAACCAUCGAGCAGCUCUGCAGCACGGUGGGUGUCCCGCUCCCGGGACUGCAGGAGUACGGCGCCAUGGGGGGCUCGUCGCACGCCGUGGCCGCGGCCAUGUGGCCCUGCCAGCACUGCACCUUCAUGAACCAGCCGGGCACGGACCACUGCGAGAUGUGCAGCCUGCCCCGCUCCUAGCCCCGCUCCUGCCCGGAGCCAUGCGGAGCGGCGCCUGUCCCUUCCCUCUCCUCCCUUCAGCUGCCAGCCCGGGCUGCGGAGCCGGGCGCGGGUGGCUCCAGCCCCCCGGUUACUCCUCGCUCCCUUCUGGGGGCUCCCAGCCCGGAGAACCAACGCUUUCCUCAGCCCGUGCCUGGGCUGGCCCCCCACCACCCUCAGCUGCUGCCAGCCUGCUCUGGGGGAGCUGGGGGGCUUAGGGAGCUGCCCGUGCCCGCUUCCUGCCCAAGGGGAGAGGGAGGCUUUGGCAUCUCCCUGCCCACAGCUUUGCUCUCAUUCCCUGCCCGCCCGAGUGCCUGGAUCCUGGCACUGACCAGCCCCCGUGGCACGGGCAGGUGGCUGUCACGUUCCCAGAGCAGGACAGGCACCCCUGGACACCGAGCGUGGGGUGGGCACGUGCCAGCUCGUGGCUUGGCACUGCUUGGUGAGCUUUGGCACCCCGUGGGGGCCGCGGGAGGGCCGUCCCCUCCGGGUGCCAUGUCCCCCCACUGUGCAUGGUUGGGCUCCCAGGGAAGGGUUGCGGGGCAGCCACGUAACUCGGGCACCCGCCUCGCUUCCGUCGUGCCCUGGGAGCCAGUCCUCCAGUUGGUGCCUUCCCAUCCCUCCGGAGUGUGUCCUGGCCGGAGCUGGGGCUCGGGGGUGUUGCCUCCCUGCAGCCCCCAGCUGGGGCUGUCCUGGGCACUGCUGCGCAGGGGAGAGGGGCAGCUGGGUGCUGGAGGGGCUCAGCCCUCCUCUCACAGGGCCUCUGCCCCCCAGGCCCAUCCUCGAGCUCCCCAGCCCUGGCUCCGCCAGCUCUGGUUCAAUCCUGGGGGCACCAGUUCCAGCACUGCCCUGUGUCCCCUCAUGGCAGGGGUGCAGAGGGCCUGUCCUGCUCCAGGACAGCACUGCCCAGACCCCAGUGGGCAGGGACCCCCCGCCCCUCGCUGGGGCUUUCCAAAGGCUUCAUCCCAAGGCCCGGCUCCGGGCUGCGGUUGCUUUUCCCCUGGGUGUGCUGGGGUUUGGGGGUGCAGCGCUGGGAGCGCCCGGGCCGGGCUGGGCUGACCCAGGCGCGGGGGCUGCAAGUAACGUGGAAUAAAAGCACCUCAAACCAGA